GUGCAUGGCGCUGCACGCCUCGCUGAGCGCCGCCAGCGCAGCCGCGCACUGCCGCUUCUUCUCCUCGGUGCUGCGGCGCUGCGUGCCGGAGCUCCUGGCCGGUUCCGCCGAGCCCCAGGCGGCCGAGGCGGCCGAGGCCAUCGUCUUCCACUGCUUUGCCUUUCUGGUGGAUGCGCAGCUCGCCUUUUCCCAG